AUGGUCAAUAUUCUUCGGGGGUUGUUUGUGGCGUCUCUUGCAGCCAGCGUGGUGCAUGCACAGUCCUACUCGGGAUGUCACACACAUGGCAGCGUGGAGUACUGCUACGGGGCUGAUGGCGAAGAGACCCCCAUCACCACACAUGCACAGGCGACGGCCACGUCUGUGUCUGCUACUACAACUUCAUCUGCACAGUCAUCUGCAGUGACGGGGUGUCAUAACCACGGUGACGACGUCUACUGCAUAAAUGGCGAAGGAAAUGAGGUGCAGGUAUCGUUGACCGCGACCCCAACUGGAGAGCUGCCCGCGCAGUAUACCGGUUGCCACUCCCACGGUAGCUCACAGUACUGCUUGGACGCAGAUGGAAACGAUGUCCAGAUUCUGGAAGAGGGCGAAACCGGAGGUGAAAGCGAGAGUACCAGCGAGUCCAGUAGCGAGUCCAGCGGCGAACUAAACUGUCAUUUCCAUGCUGGCGUUGAGCACUGCGUCGGUGCAGGCGAGUCGGAAGGGUCGAGCGAGAAAUCCUGCGGUGUCCAGAGUCGCGACUAUGAUAUGCCACUGCGGAUUGGAACAUUGUUCGUGGUACUUGUCACAAGUGCCCUUGGUGUCUUCCUUCCGAUGUUGCUGGUUAAACUUCCCUUUCCCACGAUCAAUACUAUGGCCGCAACUGUUAUCAAGCAAUUUGGUACUGGUGUGAUCCUGUCCACCGCGUUUGUUCAUCUAUACACCCAUGCCAACCUCAUGUUCACGAACGAAUGCCUCGGCGAGCUCGACUACGAAGCCACCACGUCCGCCGUCGUGAUGGCCGGUAUCUUCCUUUCCUUCCUCACCGAAUUCAUCGGCCAUCGUUUCAUCGCAGCCCGUGGACAUAAAUCAGCCUCGGAAUGCUGCGAGGACACACCAUCGAACAAUGAGUCCGCAAAUCCAAAGGAAAACACAGCACCACGGACGAUGCAGCUCACCCAGCUAAGCCACAGCCACGGCGGUGAUGGUGCUAACACGAAACUGUCAGUACUGGUCAUGGAAGCGGGUGUGAUCUUCCACAGUAUCCUGAUCGGCUUGACGCUGGUAGUCGCGGGCGACUCCUUUUACAAGACCUUGCUGGUGGUUAUUGUGUUCCACCAGUUCUUCGAAGGUCUGGCACUCGGAGCACGGAUUGCGAUGCUUCCGGGUCGCAUCUUCCCCAGUAAAGCCGUGAUGGCAGGGACCUUUGCACUGAUUACGCCGAUCGGAAUGGCGAUCGGAAUGGGAGUGCUGCACUCGUUCAAUGGCAACGCGCGAAGCACCCUGAUCGCACUGGGAACACUGGACGCUUUGUCGGCUGGUAUUCUGGUGUGGGUGGGUGUUGUGGAUAUGUGGGCGAGAGACUGGGUGAUUGAAGGAGGCGAGUUGCUGGAUGCGCCCUUGCCAAAAGUGUUGGUGGGAGGAGUGUCCCUGAUAGCCGGUAUGGUCCUGAUGGGCAUGCUGGGCAAGUGGGCCUAA